AUGAUCCAACUGACAGCUUCUCCUACAAGUGCCCUUGUUGAUGAACCAAUUCAUAUCCGAGCUACAGGACUGAAUCCUUUUCAAGUUGUAGUUUUUGUGGCAUCAAUGAAAAAUGAAAAGGGAAACUUGUUCGUUUCUCAGGCGUUCUAUAGGGCCAACGAGGUUGGUGAGGUGGAUCUGGAGCACGCUUCUGCUCUCGGUGGCGACUAUGUUGGGGUGCAUCCCAUGGGUCUCUUCUGGUCUAUGAAACCUGAGAAGAUGUUAACUAGAAAUAUCAAAAGAAGAGUGAUGAACAGCCCCGAUCUGGUUGAGUUGAAACUUUAUGACUUAAAUAAAAGCAGUUUCCCUUUCGCCAAGAGUAAAGAUAUUCCAAAGGCAAGCCUGACUGUGGAGAGGUGGUAUGUGGCACCCGGUGUCACAAGGACCCAGGUCAGAGAUGGUCGCAUUCGGGGAGCCCUCUUUAUCCCUCCAGGAGCGGGCCCUUUCCCAGCAAUUAUUGAUAUGUUUGGUGCUGCUGGCGGUCUCAUUGAAUUCCGGGCCAGCCUCCUGGCCAGUCGUGGAUUUGCCACCUUGGCCUUGGCUUUCAUUGACUAUGAAGAGCUGCCUUCUGACUCAGAAGAACUAGACUUGGAAUAUUUUGAGGAAGCUGUCAACUUUCUCCUGAGACAUCCUAAGGUCCUUGGUCCAGGCAUUGGGAUUGUUUCUGUCUGCAAAGGAGCAGAGCUUGGACUCUCCAUGGCUAUUCAUCUCAAACAAAUCACAGCUGCUGUGCUUAUUAAUGGAACCAACUUUGUUUUCCAAAAUAUACAGAAAUAUCAUGGUCAGGUCAAGCAGCCCUUACCCUUUAUUCCAGAAUUGAUAUCUAGAAAUGCUUUAGGACUAGUUGAAUUUCGUCAUUUUGUAGGGGACCCUCGAGAUGAAGCCGUUAGACCCUUUCUCCUUCCCAUUGAAAAGGCCCAGGGACAGUUUCUUUUCAUUGUGGGAGAGGCAGAUAAGAACAUACACAGCAAAAUAUGUGCUGAACAUGCCAUAGAGCGGCUGAAGAGCAAUGGAAAGAACAACUGGGCCCUGCUGUCUUAUCCUGGGGCAGGCCAUCUGAUAGAGCCUCCCUACACCCCAGUGUGCUAUGCCUCAUGGGUCAGCAACGUUCCAAUCCUUUGGGGAGGGGAAGUAAUCCCACAUGCAGCUGCUCAAGAACAUUCUUGGAAGGAGAUCCAGAAGUUUCUCAGGAAGCACCUUCUUCCAAGGCCAACCAGCCAUCUCUGA